UUUAGUAUUUCAGUUGACAACACGAUUUGUUAAUUUAAAAUUGUUUUCCAUUAAAUUUUUAUGAAAGUAGAGAAAAAUUAAUCAUGCUAUGUGGCAGCAAAAUCAACAUGGAUUUACUUUUUAUGAAAAUGAACUAUUUCUUCGCAUGGGGCGCCUACGCACCUGUUGUACCGUUUUUUACCACAAUUGGAAAACAACGAGGUUAUUCCGCAUUUGCGAUGGGAAUCACUUUGACUGGUAUGCAGAUACCCAGUGUUGUUGUACGGCCUGUGAUAGGGAUCGUCACGGACCGCUACCAAUGCCGAAAAUCAAUAUUUCUCAUUGGAGAGGUGCUUUUAGCAAUAGCAGUUCUCGGAUUGAUAUUCAUACCUGGUGCAACGGCGCCAGAGAGUAUCGCUGAUGAGAUCGUAUUUGAGACUUCGCUGUACUGGGUGUUCUUUUUUUUACUGUUUUUCUUUUACCUCGGAUCUACAAUGCGGUCGCUGAUGGAGGACACGAUCUGCGUCAGUCUACUCGGAGACAAUGUACACGAAUACGGACACCAAGUAGUUUGGGGAGCAAUUGGUUUUGGUAUAAGUUCUAUGGUUUCUGGCGUGGUCGUCGACUGGUUUAGCAAAGGACGAGCUCAUAACGACUUUAGACCCGGAUUCGUGAUAACAAUAAUAUGCGUAGCCUUCGAUAUUUACGUUUCGGCUAAAAUCAAGGUUAAACAAGUUGAAAAAACAGAAAACUUUAAUGGCGAUAUGAAAAGAGUUUUAACUGAUUUUAGAGUAAUCGUAUUUAUAAUUGCAACCAUCUCGUUCGGUUUCUUUUAUACCUUUAUUCAGUAUUUUCUCUUCUGGUAUUUUGAAGACAUAACCGAUUUAUAUCAUCCUGAAUAUGAACCCUAUAUAAAAACUAUUCAAGGGUUUUCUCAGACUAUACAAUGUUUUUUAGGGGAAGUGCCGUUCUUUUUUAUUUCAAGUUAUAUAAUCAAAAAGUUGGGUCAUAUGAACGUGUUUUCAUUGGGGUUCGUGUUUUUUGCAAUCAGAUUUGGUCUUUAUUCGAUUAUUAAAAAUCCGGUGGUUGCUUUGAGCGUUGAAUUACUUCAUGGAAUCACUUUUGCAUUACCGUAUUCUGCCGGAGUCGCGUAUACCGCUAAAUAG